AUGACCAGUAUGCAGCUAAAAUGGCAGAUUGUUUUUAUUAUUUGCACCUACGGAAUGGGCAUUGUCUUUUGUCAGGCUCGAUAUUCCAUCCAAGAGGAGACCACAGAAGGAUCGUUAUUAGGAAACAUCGCCAAAGAUUUAGGAAUAGAAAUAAAUAGACUAAUUGUAGGAAAAGCUCGGGUUGUAACAAAGGGAGAUCGGCAGUAUGUCGAGCUGAACAGAGACAAAGGGGCUUUGGUGGUGAAAGAGCGGAUAGACCGAGAGGAUCUAUGCCAGCAUACAACGCCCUGCAGCUUCAGCUUUGAUCUGAUCAUGGAAAAUCCCAUAGAACUUCACCGUAUUAUAGUUGAGGUAUUGGACAUAAACGACAAUGCACCCGUAUUCGGUAAAGAAGUUGUUAAUUUGGAAAUAAGUGAAAACACGGCUUCGGGAACACGCUUUCCCUUGGACAGCGCUAUAGAUAUGGACAUAGGAAUAAAUGGGAUCCAAAAUUACGCUCUAUCGCCUACGGAUCAUUUUAAAAUAGAAACAAAAAGCCAGGAUGAUGAAAGCAAAUACAUUGAAAUGAUUUUGGAUCAAGAACUGGAUCGAGAGGAGCGUGAUGAGCUAAAAUUAGUUCUGAUUGCAUUUGACGGUGGAUCACCUAAAAAAUCUGGUACAAUGAAAAUUCAUAUUUCUGUACUAGAUGCUAAUGAUAACGCCCCUGUAUGUCAGAGGUCUGAAUAUAAGGUUCAAACAUUGGAAAAUGCAGCUGUUGGAACAAUUAUUACCAAAGUAAGCGCUAAUGAUGCCGAUGAAAAAAAUAAUGGACAAAUAUUGUACACAAUCGCUCAAGCCAGUAAGCUAGCAAGAGAACUGUUCAAAAUAAAUACGCAUACAGGUGAAAUUACAACGUUAAACACUUUAGAUUAUGAGACAGUAAAAAACUUUCAUUUAAGUGUGAAAGCAAGAGAUAAAGGGGGACUUGCGGAUACGUGUAAAGUUGUUAUAGAGGUUAAUGAUGUAAACGAUAAUUCACCUUCCAUACAGCUUAUGUCGUUUUCAAAUAUUAUUGCUGAGAAUUCUCCACUGGGAACCACAGUGGCUGUUAUCGAUGUGGAUGACGCAGAUUCCGGUCAAAAUGGACUUGUGCAGUGCAAAAUAAAUGAAAAACUACCAUUUAAACUAAAAUCUUCACCUGGUGAUUACUAUGCUUUAAUUACAGAUGAUUUCCUUGAUCGGGAAAACGACGCCGAAUACAACGUAACAAUUAUGGUAUCAGAUCAAGGAAGUCCCUCAAGACAUAGUACGAAAACAUUAAAUGUUAAAAUUUCUGAUGUAAAUGAUAACCCACCCGUAUUUAGCGUUGAUGAAUAUAAAGCAUUUAUUUCCGAAAAUAACUCGCCAGGUAUAGCUGUGUUUACAGUAAAAGCAAGCGACGCUGAUUUGGGUCCAAACGCCCGGCUGUCUUAUCUGUUAAAGGAUAAUAAUCAGUAUGGAAUCGCAGUAAGUUCUAUUGUAUCAAUUAAUUUAGAAAGUGGUAUUAUACAUGCAACCCGGACUUUUGAUUUUGAGCAAAUCAAAUCAUUUUCCUUUAAUGUGACAGCCCAAGACGGAGGAUCUCCUCCUUUAAGUUCUGAAGUAACAGUGACGAUAAUCAUACAAGAUCAGAAUGACAAUGCUCCUCAAGUUCUCUACCCAGUGCAAACUAGUGGCUCACCAGUUGCUGAGAUUGUUCCUCGAUCAGCAGAUGUUGGUUAUCUUGUUACUAAAGUGGUGGCUGUUGAUGUUGACUCUGGACAAAAUGCCUGGCUAUCUUACAAACUCCAAAAACCCACAGACAGGGCGCUGUUUGAAGUGGGACCACAAAAUGGAGAAAUACGAACUGUGCGCCAGGUCACUGAUAAAGAUGCUGUAAACCAGAAGCUCACUGUGGUUGUGGAAGAUAACGGACAGCCAUCUCGCUCAGCUGUAGUUAACAUCAACGUAGCUGUAGCAGACAGUUUCUCUGAAGUAAUCGCGGAAUUUUCAGAUAUUACGCACGGUAAAGGCAAUAAUGGUGACCUAACGUUUUAUUUAGUUUUAUUACUGGCUGCUGUUUCUUUCCUUUUUAUCACAACUGUAGUAGUUAUAAUAUCAGUAAAGAUCUACAGGUGGAGACAAUCGCGCGUCUUUCAUCGGUCCAAUCUACCCGUAAUCCCAUACUAUCCACCUGGUUACGCAGAUACUGGAACUCUGUCGCGCAUGUAUAAUUAUGAUGUAUGUAUGACAGCUCCUUCGGGAAAGAGUGACUGCAAGUACUCAACACUUAGUGGACAAAGUGUUUUAGUGGUGGAGCCGUGUUUUACAGACACUUUUCAAAGAACAGUAAAUGAAAAAGAAAUGUUGGAAGAUGAUGAAUCUCCAGAACUGGUAAGCACAUUUUUUGACACUGAAGAACCUGAGAAAAUGCUGCGUUUGGUGAUCUUUAAUUUAAGCAAGGGCACAUUCGGUACGGUGUUCUCUUAUACGGCGCUGCUUGUCGUCAUCUUUUGUUCUCACUAUGUGUGCGGACAGAUCAGUUAUUCUAUCCCAGAAGAAAUGGCAAAAGGGUCGAUAAUUGGAAAUAUUGUACAGGAUUUGGGCUUGGAUUUGAAAAGACUGAAAUUAGGAAAUGCAAGAAUGUAUACAGGGGCAAGCAAAGAAUAUGUGGAACUAAACAGAGAAAACGGAUUGCUUCUAAUCAAAGACAAAAUAGAUCGCGAGUCCCUCUGCGCUAGGACAACACCUUGUGCUUUACAUCUUCAGAUGAUUUUGCAAAACCCGAUGGAAUUGUAUUCUGUUACCCUGGAAGUGACGGACAUUAAUGACAAUGAGCCAGUUUUCCAGAAGAAUGAAAUUAGGAUUGAAGUGAGUGAAUCGGCGAUUACCGGUGCCAGAUUCGUGCUUGGCAAAGCGGUCGAUUCGGAUGUUGGAAUAAACGGCCUCCAAACCUAUUCACUCAUACCCACGGACAACUUCAUUUUAGACAAGGAAUCAGUUGGGGAGAAAAAUGUAGAAAUGAUUUUGCAAAAGCAACUUGAUCGAGAAAGGCAGGACAACAUUGAUUUAGUGUUGACGGCGUUGGAUGGUGGUGAGCCACAGUUAUCCAGCUCAAUGCAUAUAUAUGUAUCAGUCCUAGAUGUAAACGAUAAUCCUCCAGUGUUUGCGCAAAAAGUUUAUAAAGCUACAAUAAUCGAAAAUGCAACAAAGGGUACUAAAUUAACAACAGUAACUGCUUCUGACGCAGAUACAGGCUUUAACAGUAACGUGUCUUAUUACAUUUCUGAUACAAUGGACAGUGGUGUGGCUGAUAUAUUUUUUAUAAAUAAGCAUAAUGGUGACGUGCUACUUAAUAAUAAAAUAGACUAUGAAACCUUAAACCAUUACCAGCUUGAUAUUCAGGCAAGAGACCAAGGAGGACUCUCUGACACGUGUAAGGUUGUUAUUGAUGUGUUAGACAUUAAUGAUAAUACCCCAAGGAUAGACAUUAUCUCUAUGUCGAGCUCAAUAUCUGAGAUAUCUAAUUUAAAUACCGUGGUGGCAAUGUUGAAAAUAAAUGACCCCGACUCAGGUGCAAAUGGACAAGUUGACUGCAAUAUAAUUGACAACAUUCCAUUUGAAAUUAUAUCUCAGUCAAACAAUUUCUUUAGCAUUCGCACAAAUCAGGAAUUAGAUAGAGAGAAAGACUUUGAGUACAACAUUACUGUAACUUGUUUUGAUGAGGGAGUUCCCUCACUCUCUAGUAGCGCUUCACUCCGUUUACACAUAUCAGAUGUGAAUGAUAAUGCUCCUGUAUUUGAGAGAAACAAUUACGAGUCCUAUGUGGUCGAGAACAACACACCAGGUCUCUCUAUACUCAAAUUGAAAGCCAGUGACACCGACUCCAACCAAAAUGCCCGCGUUUCGUAUAUUUUAGAGGAUAGCACUGUUAAUGGAGUUCCUGUGUCCUCAUAUGUGUCAGUCAGUGCUGAUAGUGGAGUCAUUAAUGCUGUGCGCUCUUUCGACUACGAGCAGUUAAAAGACUUUAAUUUCUGCGUAAAAGCGCAGGACGGAGGCUCCCCUUCACUCACUAGUAACGUGACAGUGAGAUUUAUAAUCCAAGAUCAGAACGACAACGCUCCUCAGGUUCUCUACCCAGUACAGACGAGUGGCUCACCGGUGGCUGAGAUUGUUCCUCCUUCAGCAGAUGUUGGUUAUCUUGUGGCUAAAGUUGUUGCUGUCGAUGUUGACUCCGGACAAAAUGCCUGGCUCUCUUACAAACUCCAAAAGGCAUCAGACAGGGCACUUUUUGAAGUGGGUCAACAAAAUGGAGAGAUACGAACUGUGCGCCAGGUCACUGAUAAAGAUGCUGUGAAACAGAAGCUCACUGUAGUUGUGGAGGAUAACGGACAGCCAUCUCGCUCAGCUGUUGUUAACAUCAAUGUAGUUGUAGCGGAUAGGUUCCCUGUCGCUCUCUCAGAAUUCAAGGAUUUUACGCAGGGCAAACAAUAUAAUAAUGACCUGACGUUUUAUUUAGUUUUAGCACUGGCUGCUGUCUCUUUUCUUUUUAUCACGACUGUAGUCGUUAUAAUAUCAGUAAAGAUCUACAGAUGGAGACAAUCGCGGAUUUUCUAUCAGUCCAAUCUUCCCGUUAUUCCCUAUUAUCCACCGGGCUACACAGAUACUGGAGUUACUGGAACUCUUCCUCACAUAUAUAAUUAUGAUGUUUGUAUGACAACUGACUCUAAAAAAAGUUACUGUAAAUACUCUACACUUAAUGGACAAAGUGUUUUAGUGGAGGACCCAAGUUUUACAGAAACACAUCGUACAGUGAAAGAAAAUCUCUUGCAUGACCACGAGUUUCCGGAAAUGGUGAGAGUCAGCUACUCUAUUCCAGAGGAAAUUCCCAAGGGUUCAGUUGUUGGAAAUAUAACUCAGGAUUUGGGAUUGGAUUUAAAAAGACUUAAAUCUGGAAAGGCACGGGUGUUUUCAGGAGAUAGUACGGAAUACAUUGACCUGAACAAAGAGAAAGGUACGCUUCUUAUUAAAGAAAAAAUAGAUCGGGAGUCUCUGUGCGCUAAAACAACACCUUGCGCUUUACAUCUUCAAAUGAUACUUGAGAGCCCAAUGGAACUGUUUACAAUUACGGCCGAAAUUACGGAUAUAAAUGAUAAUUCUCCAUUUUUCGAGUCGGAUAACAUUAGCCUUAAGGUAAGCGAGGCGGCUAUGACCGGAGCUAGGUUCACGUUGGAGAAAGCAAUGGAUGCGGAUGUGGGUACUAAUGCCCUGCAGAGCUACUCGCUUAAACCGACAGACCAUUUUGUUUUGGAAAUGCAAAUUGGAUUUUUGGAUGGAGAUGGUAAUAAACAUCUAGAAAUGGUUUUAAAAAGACCUCUCGAUAGAGAAAAACAAGAACAGUUUACUUUGUUAUUAACAGCGAUAGAUGGAGGUGAACCCAUGCUGACUGGUACUGUCCAGAUACACGUUACUGUGCUGGAUGCUAAUGAUAACGCUCCGAUUUUUACGCAAAAAAUAUAUAAAUCAUCUGUAACAGAAAACUCUCCAAAGGGAACCAAAUUGACGACUGUAAGCGCCUUUGAUCCAGAUGAAGGACCAAACGGGCAAAAACAUAACUACGAAGUCAAUGUGGUCGAGAACAACAUACCAGGUCUCUCGAUUUUCACGGUAAAAGCCAGUGACGCCGACUCAAACCAAAAUGCGCGUGUUUCUUAUAUAUUAGAAGAUAGCACUGUGAAUGGGGUUCCCAUAUCAUCAUAUGUGUCAAUCAAUGCUGAUAGUGGAGUCAUUAACACCGUGCGCUCUUUCGACUACGAGCAGUUAAAAGACUUCCAUUUCCGCGUAAAAGCGCAGGACAGAGGCUCCCCUCCACUCAGUAGUAACGUGACAGUAAAAAUUAUAAUUAAAGAUCAGAAUGACAACGCGCCUCAAAUUCUCUAUCCAGUACAGACUAGUGGCUCAGCAGUUGCUGAGAUUGUUCCUCGUUCAGCAGAUGUUGGUUAUCUUGUGACUAAAGUUGUUGCUGUUGAUGUGGACUCUGGACAGAAUGCCUGGCUCUCCUACAAACUCCAAAAGGCAUCAGACAGGGCGCUGUUUGAAGUGGGGCCACAAAAUGGAGAGAUCCGAACUGUGCGCCAAGUCACUGAUAAAGAUGCUGUGAACCAGAAGCUCACUGUAGUUGUGGAGGAUAACGGACAGCUAUCUCGCUCAGCUGUAGUUACUAUUAAUGUAGCUGUAACUGACAGUUUCCCUGAAGCUCUUACAGAAUUCAAGGACUUUACGCAGGAAAUGGCAGAUGCAGUGAUAUUACAGUCGUUAUUGUUUUUAAUCUUUUUUUCUUUUCGCUCCGUGCUCGGACAAGUCAGUUAUUCCAUUCCGGAGGAGAUGCCAGAAGGUUCAAUAGUUGGAAACAUUGCUCAGGAUUUGGGGUUGGAUGUAAAAAGACUACAAUCGGGGAGAGCACGAAUUUAUACGGUGGACAGUACGGAAUACAUUGAGUUGAACAAAGAGAGAGGCGUGCUUCUAAUUAAAGAAAAAAUAGACCGUGAAUUUCUUUGCGCAAAAAAGACUCCAUGUUCUUUACACCUUCAAAUGAUUCUUGAGAACCCGAUGGAAUUGUAUAAAAUUAACGUUGAAAUUACUGAUAUGAACGAUAACACUCCUGUCUUCCAGGCGGAGUACAUGCGAAUUGAAAUAAGCGAGGCAGCAGCGACAGGAGCUAGAUUCAUAUUACAAAAAGCAUUAGACGCUGACGUCGGUACUAAUGGCCUUCAGAGCUACUCACUUAAACCAACAGAUCAUUUUGUUUUAGAACUAAGAAACAAUCUAGCCGGUGUUAAAAAUGUACAAAUGGUUUUACAAAAACCACUUAAUAGAGAGAGUCAAGAACAGAUUACUUUGUUAUUAACAGCACUGGAUGGAGGUGAACCAGUUAGGUCUGGUACUGUCCAAAUACACGUUACAGUGUUGGAUGCUAAUGAUAACGCUCCUGUUUUUUCUCAAAGUAUAUAUAAGGCCACAGUAAAUGAAAACGCCCCAAAAGGUACCAUAUUAACAACUGUAAGCGCAUCUGAUGCAGAUAAAGCAAUUAACGGAGAAGUGACCUAUUAUAUGUCAAGUACAGAGGAUGCUGUUAAAGAUAACUUUGCCAUAAAUAACUAUAAUGGUGAAAUUACACUAACUGGACAGUUAGACUAUGAACACACAAGCCUUUUUGAACUUGAUAUUCAAGCCAGGGACUUGGGAGGUCUAUCUGAUUCAUGUAAAGUUAUUAUUAAUGUGCUGGACAUAAACGAUAACAAACCAGUUAUCUCGAUUCUCUCAAUGUCUAGUUCAAUAUCAGAAGAGUCUCCUUCAGGAACCGUUGUAACAAUGAUGAACGUGAAUGAUCUAGAUUCUGGGGCCAAUGGUCAAAUUAAGUGUAGCAUUAAUGAAAGGAUACCAUUUACCAUUACAUCACCUUCUAACAAUAUUUUUAGCCUUUUUACAGAUCAGGAAUUAGAUAGGGAGAUGAUUACUGAGUACAACAUCACUGUAACUUGUUCUGAUGAGGGAGUUCCCUCACUGUCCAGCAGCGCUUCUCUGCGUUUACACAUAUCAGAUGUAAAUGAUAACGCACCUGUGUUUGAAAGAAAGAAUUACGAGGCCUACGUAAUUGAGAACAACACACCUGGACUUUCUAUAAUUACAGUGAAGUCCAGUGACGCCGACUCAAAUCAAAAUGCGCGCGUUUCUUAUAUUUUAGAAGAUAGCACUGUAAAUGGAGUUCCAAUAUCAUCAUUUGUGACAGUCAGUGCUGAUAGUGGAGUCAUUAAUGCUGUGCGCUCUUUCGACUACGAGCAGUUAAAAGACUUCCAUUUCCGCGUAAUAGCGCAGGACGGAGGCUCCCCUCCACUCAGUAGUAACGUGACAGUAAAAGUUAUAAUCCAAGAUCAGAAUGACAACGCUCCUCAGGUUCUCUACCCAGUACAGACUGGUGGCUCACCAGUGGCUGAGAUUGUUCCUCGUUCAGCAGAUGUUGGUUAUCUUGUGACUAAAGUGGUAGCUGUCGAUGUGGACUCUGGACAGAAUGCCUGGCUUUCCUACAAACUCCAGAAAGCAUCAGACAGGGCGCUGUUUGAAGUGGGGCCACAAAAUGGAGAAAUACGAACUGUGCGUCAGGUUACAGAUAAAGAUGCUGUGAAACAAAAGCUUACUAUAGUUGUGGAGGAUAACGGACAGCCAUCUCGCUCAGCUGUAGUCAACAUCAAUGUAGCUGUAGCAGAUAGUUUUCCUGAAACGGAUUUUACGCACGGCAAAGAAUAUAAUGAUGACCUGACGUUUUAUUUAGUUUUAGCACUGGCUGCUGUUUCCUUUCUGUUUAUUUUAACGGUAGUAGUUAUAAUAUCAGUAAAGAUCUACAGGUGGAGACAAUCGCGCACCUUCUAUCAGUCUAGUCUUCCUGUUAUUCCGUACUAUCCACCUGGUUACUCAGAAACUGGAACUCUGCCUCAUAUGUAUAAUUAUAAUGUUUGUAUGACGACUGACUCGAGAAAAAGUGACUGUAAAUACCCUACAUUUGGCAAACAAGGUUUUUUAAUUGUGGACCCAAAUUUUACGGAAACUAUGGAGCAUACAAUAAACGAAAAUCUAACGGACGACUCUCCGGAUAUGAUCAGUUAUUCAAUUUCAGAGGAAAUGCCACAAGGUUCAGUCGUUGGAAAUAUUGUUCAGGAUUUGGGUUUGGAUUUAAAAAGACUAAAAUCUGGAAAGGCCAGGGUAUUUUCGGGAGAUAGCACGGAAUACAUCGAGCUAAACAAAGAGAGAGGCGUGCUUCUCACUAUGGAGAAAAUUGACCGUGAGACGUUGUGCGCUGAAAUAACACCUUGCGCAAUACAUCUCCAAAUGAUACUGGAGAACCCGAUGGAACUAUAUACAAUUACUGUUGAAAUCGCAGAUAUAAAUGAUAACGCUCCAUUAUUUCAAGAGAAGGAAAUUAAGAUUGAAAUAAGCGAGUCAGCCUUAACUGGAGCCAAAUUCAUGUUGGAAAGAGCAAUAGAUGCCGACGUUGGAACAAAUGGCCUUCAGAGCUACUCGCUUAAACCAACAAAUCAUUUUUAUUUAGAGUUGCAAAAUCAUGCGGAUAGUAGUAGAAAUGUAGAAAUGAUUUUACAAAAACCGUUGGACAGAGAAAAUCAAGCACAGUUUACUUUGUUGCUAACAGCCAUAGACGGGGGAGAACCGCUGCUUUCUGGCACUGUGCAGAUACAAGUUACAGUACUGGAUGCUAAUGAUAAUGCUCCAGUGUUUGCUCAAAAAGAAUAUAAAACCUCUGUGCUCGAAAACGCACCUAAAGGCUCGAUUUUAACGACUGUUAGCGCAUCUGACGCUGACGAAGGAACAAAUGGGCAGGUGGUUUAUUACAUUUCAAACAAAGAUAAAAGUAUAAAAGACUCCUUUGUUAUUAAUCAUAGUAACGGCGAAAUAACAUUAAACCAACAGUUUGAUUAUGAGAAAACUAGACAUUUUCAACUUGAUAUUCAAGCCAGAGACCAAGGAGGCCUUUGGGACUCAUGCAAAGUUGUAAUUGAUGUGCUGGACAUGAACGACAAUAAACCAGUUAUCACUAUUCUCUCCAUGUCUUCUAUAUUUUCAGAAGAUUCUCCUUCUGGUACAGUUGUAGCAAUGAUGAAAGUAAAUGAUCCGGAUUCUGGUGCAAACGGACGAGUGCACUGCUUUGUCGGUGACAAUAUUCCCUUUACAGUUACUUCGCCGUCUAAAAAUGUAUUUAGCCUAAACACAGAAGAAGAAUUAGACAGAGAAAAAUUCUCAGAGUACAACAUUAUUGUAACUUGUUCUGAUGAGGGAGUUCCCUCACUCUAUAGUAGCGCUUCUCUCCGUUUACACAUAUCAGAUAUAAAUGAUAACGCUCCUGUAUUUGAAAGUAAUAAUUACGAAGCCUUUUUGGUCGAGAACAACACACCAGGUCUCUCUAUAUUCACUGUGAAGGCCAGUGAUGUAGAUUUUAAUCAAAAUGCGCGCGUUUCUUAUAUAUUAGAAGAUAGCACUGUGAAUGGAGUUACUGUAUCAUCAUAUGUAUCAGUAAGUGCUGAUAGUGGAGUCAUUAUUGCCAUGCGCUCUUUUGACUACGAGCAGUUAAAGGAUUUCCAUUUCCGCGUAAAAGCGCAAGACGGAGGCUCCCCUCCUCUCAGUAGUAAUGUGACAGUAAAAGUUAUAAUCCAAGACCAGAAUGACAACGCUCCUCAGGUUCUCUACCCAGUACAGACAAGUGGCUCACCAGUGGCUGAGAUUGUUCCUCGUUUAGCAGAUGUUGGAUAUCUUGUGACUAAAGUGGUAGCUGUCGAUGUGGACUCUGGACAGAAUGCCUGGCUCUCCUACAAACUCCAAAAAGCAUCAGACAGGGCGCUGUUUGAAGUGGGACCACAAAAUGGAGAGAUACGAACUGUGCGCCAGGUCACUGAUAAAGAUGCCGUGAAACAGAAGCUCACUGUAGUUGUGGAGGAUAACGGACAGCCAUCUCGCUCAGCUAUAGUUAACAUCAAUGUAGCUGUAGCAGAUAGUUUUCCUGAAGCUCUCUCAGAAUUCACGGAUUUUACGCACGGCAAAGAAUAUAAUGAUGACCUGACGUUUUAUUUAGUUUUAGCACUGGCCAGUGUUUCUUUUCUAUUUAUCACAACUUUAGUUGUUAUAAUAUCAGUAAAGAUCUACAGGUGGAGGCAAUCGCGCAUCUUCUAUCAGUCCAAUCUCCCCGUUAUUCCGUACUAUCCACCUGGUUACGCUGAUACAGGAGUCACUGGAACUUUAGCAAACUUGUAUAAUUAUGAUGUUUGUAUGACUACUGACUCGAGAAAGAGUGACUGUAAGUACUCUACCCUUAGUGGAAAAAGUUUUUUAGUGGUGGACCCGAGUUCUACACAAGAAACACAGCGUGCAUAUAAAGUAAAAAAUCUUCUGGAAGAUGUUUACUCUCCUGAAACGAGAAUCUUCGCUGCCGCUGAACAAAUUACAUUCAGAGUGAUGCUGCAGACUGUGUUGUUUUUCAUCAUUCUUUCUUCUUGCUCUGUACUGGGACAGGUCAGUUAUUCAAUUCCAGAGGAAAUGCCAAAAGGUUCAGUAGUUGGAAAUAUUGCUCAAGAUUUGAGUUUGGAUACAAAACGAUUAAAAUCGGGGAGAGCACGGAUCUAUACGGUGGAUAGCACGGAAUAUAUACAGCUGAACAAAGAACGAGGCGUGCUUCUCAUUAACGAAGAAAUAGACAGGGAGACUCUUUGCGAAAAAAAGACCCUAUGUGCUUUACAUCUUCAAAUGAUUCUUGAGAGCCCAAUGGAACUGUAUACAGUUACUGUUAAAAUCACGGAUAUAAAUGAUAAUGCUCCAUUUUUCCAGACGGAUGAAGUUAAGCUUAAAAUAAGCGAGUCGGCUGUGACUGGCGCUAGAUUCAUGUUAGAGAAAGCAAUGGAUGCAGACGUUGGUACCAAUGGCCUUCAGAGCUACUCACUUAAACCGACAGAUCACUUUGUUUUAAAAUGGCAAACUCAGACAGAGGAAGAUAAGACCGUUGAAAUGGUUUUACAAAAACCCCUCGAUAGAGAAAAGGAAGAACAGUUUACGUUAUUAUUAACAGCGAUGGAUGGAGGUGAGCCAGUUUUGUCAAGCACUGUACAUAUACACGUUACUGUGCUGGAUGCCAAUGAUAACGCGCCGGUUUUUACACAAAACAUAUAUAAAGCUUCAUUAUUAGAAAACGCUUUGAAAGGGACAAAGAUAGCAGCUGUGAGCGCAUCUGAUCCUGAUGAGGGACCAAACGGACAGGCAAAGUAUUACAUUACAAACACAGACAGAGGUUUAAAGGAUAUGUUUACAAUAAAUGAAAAUAAUGGAGAAAUCUUAUUAAAUAGACAGAUAGACUACGAAACCGUAAACAAAUAUCAACUGGAUAUUCAAGCAAUUGACCAUGGAGGUCUUUCAGACUCAUGUAAAUUAAUUAUUGAUGUGUUAGAUAUUAAUGACAACAAACCAUCUAUUGCGAUUCUUUCUAUGUCUGGUUCAAUAUCAGAAGAGUCGCCUGCUGGCACAGUAAUCGCAAUGAUAAACGUGAAUGAUUUGGAUGCCGGUUUAAAUGGGCAAGUUCACUGCAUUAUCAAUGAAAAUUUUCCAUUCUCUAUCACAUCCACGUCUAUAAGUUUCUUUAGCCUCAUCACAGAUCAGGAAUUAGAUAGGGAGAAGAAUGCUGAGUACAACAUUACAGUAACUUGUUCUGAUGAGGGAGAUCCACCGCUUUCCAGCAGCACUUCUCUCCGUUUACACAUAUCAGAUGUGAAUGAUAAUGCUCCUGCAUUUGACAGAAAUAAUUACGAGGUCUAUUUAGUCGAAAACAACCCACCAGGUCUUUCUAUAUUUUCACUGAAAGCCAGUGACGCCGACUCCAAUCAGAAUGCACAUGUUUCAUAUAUUUUGGAAGAUAGCAAUGUCAAUGGAAUUCCUGUAUCCUCAUAUGUGUCAGUAAGUGCUGAUAGUGGAGUCAUUAAUGCUGUGCGUUCUCUCGACUACGAGCAGUUGAAACACUUCCAUUUCCGCGUAAAAGCGCAGGACGGAGGCUCCCCUCCACUUAGUAGUAACGUGACAGUAAAAGUUAUAAUCCAAGACCAGAAUGACAACGCUCCUCAGGUUCUCUACCCAGUACAGACUGGAGGCUCACCAGUGGCUGAGAUUGUACCUCGUUCAGCGGAAGUUGGAUAUCUUGUUACUAAAGUUGUUGCUGUCGAUGUGGACUCUGGACAGAAUGCCUGGCUCUCUUACAAACUCCAGAAAGCAUCAGACAGGGCGCUGUUUGAAGUGGGACCACAAAAUGGAGAGAUACGAACUGUGCGCCAGGUCACUGAUAAAGAUGCCGUGAAACAGAAGCUCACAGUAGUUGUGGAGGAUAACGGACAGCCAUCUCGCUCAGCUAUAGUUAACAUCAAUGUAGCUGUAGCGGACAGUUUUCCCGAAGUACUUUCAGAAUUUACAGACUUUACGCACAGCAAAGAAUAUAAUGAUGACCUGACGUUUUAUUUAGUUUUAGCACUGGCUGCUGUUUCUUUUCUAUUUAUCACAACUCUAGUAGUUAUAAUAUCAGUAAAGAUCUACAGAUGGAGGCAAUCGCGCAUCUUCUACCAGUCCAAUCUCCCUGUUAUUCCGUACUAUCCAUCUGGUUUUGCAGAUACAGGAGUUACUGGAACUCUUCCUCACAUGUACAAUUAUGAUGUUUGCAUGACAUCUGACAGGAUAAGCGGUGGCUGUAAAUAUUCUACUCUUGGUGGACAAAGUGUUUUAUUAGUGGACCCAGGUUUUACGGAAACUAUCGAACGUGCAAAAAAAGAAAGAAAUAUGUUGGAGGAUUGUGAUUCUCCGGAUAUGGUAAGAGUCUUUAAUUGUAUUUACAUUUGCUGUAUUUAA